AAUCAGGACCGGCCUGCCAGUGUCAUGGCUGUCCACAGGUCUGCAGGUACUCGGUACGCUGCUAACGCGGCGUGGUAGCUCGGUGCGUCUCGCCGUACCAAUGCGAACCAUCGGGCUAUCAAGGUCCGAGAUCCUAGUCUCCUGUCGGCUCUGAGGAGGAUGGAUCCUUCUGUGGAUACAUGGGACCUCUCCUCACCUUUAAUAUCAUUAUGGAUAAACAGGUUUUACAUUUAUUUGGGCUUUGCUGUUAGCAUUAGCCUUUGGAUUUGUGUUCAGAUUGUCAUCAAGACGCAGGCAUCUCAGGAUUUGAUGACAAAUGGUUAUGUCUCCCUUCAAGAGAAAGACAUCUUUGUGUCUGGAGUGAAGAUUUUUUAUGGUUCUCAGACUGGCACAGCAAAGGGAUUUGCAACAGUUCUUGCUGAAGCAGUUACGUCCCUGGAUCUGCCUGUGGCAAUUAUUAAUCUAAAAGAAUAUGAUCCAGAUGAUCAUCUGAUAGAAGAGGUGACUAGUAAAAAUGUCUGUGUCUUCCUGGUUGCGACAUAUACUGAUGGCCGACCAACCGAAAGUGCAGAGUGGUUCUGCAAAUGGUUAGAGGAAGCAUCCAUUGAUUUUCGAUUUGGCAAAACUUACCUGAAGGGUAUGAGAUAUGCGGUAUUUGGCCUGGGAAAUUCUGCCUAUGCCAGCCACUUCAACAAGGUUGGCAAAAAUGUUGACAAGUGGCUCUGGAUGCUUGGCGCGCAUCGUGUGAUGAGUCGAGGGGAGGGCGACUGCGACGUGGUUAAAAGCAAGCACGGCAGCAUUGAGGCCGACUUCAGAGCAUGGAAGACCAAGUUCAUCUCCCAGCUGCAGGCACUUCAGAAAGGGGAGAGAAAGAAGUCCUGUGGCGGCCACUGCAAGAAAGGCAAAUGUGAUUCUCACCAACAUGGCUCAGAGGAGAGGGAGGAAGGAUCUCACGAGCAGGAUGAAUUGUAUCACAGAGACACUGAGGAGGAAGAACCCUUUGAGAGCUCCAGUGAAGAAGAGUUUGGUGACGAGAACCAUCAGAGCCUAAAUUCCAUUGUUGAUGUUGAAGAUUUGGGCAAAAUUAUAGAUCAUGUGAAGAAAGAAAAGAGAGAAACGGAACAGCAGGAAGAGAAGUCUGGUUUGUUCAGGAACAUGGGGAGGAAUGAAGAUGGUGAAAGAAGAGCUAUGAUAACUCCUGCUCUCCGAGAAGCCCUUACUAAACAAGGUUAUCAAUUGAUUGGGAGCCACUCGGGGGUGAAGCUUUGCAGGUGGACAAAGUCGAUGCUCCGAGGGAGAGGAGGUUGUUACAAACACACAUUCUAUGGAAUUGAGAGCCAUCGCUGCAUGGAAACCACCCCGAGCUUGGCGUGUGCUAAUAAAUGUGUCUUCUGUUGGCGGCACCACACCAACCCCGUGGGCACUGAAUGGCGGUGGAAGAUGGACCAGCCUGAAAUGAUCUUGAAGGAAGCCAUCGAAAACCAUCAGAACAUGAUUAAGCAGUUUAAAGGAGUACCGGGCGUCAAAGCGGAGCGCUUUGAAGAAGGAAUGACGGUAAAGCACUGUGCAUUGUCCCUUGUGGGAGAACCAAUAAUGUACCCAGAGAUCAACAGGUUUUUGAAGCUACUCCACCAGUGUAAAAUCUCCAGCUUCCUGGUCACAAAUGCACAAUUUCCUGCGGAAAUCAGGAACCUCGAGCCAGUUACUCAGCUGUAUGUCAGUGUGGAUGCCAGUACCAAAGACAGCCUGAAGAAAAUCGACCGCCCACUCUUCAAGGAUUUCUGGCAGAGAUUCCUUGACAGUUUAAAAGCCUUGGCAGUCAAGCAACAACGAACUGUCUACAGACUGACGCUCGUGAAAGCAUGGAACGUGGACGAGCUCCAGGCCUACGCGCAGCUCGUGUCCCUGGGGAAUCCUGACUUCAUCGAAGUGAAGGGUGUUACCUACUGCGGAGAAAGUUCAGCAAGCAGUCUUACCAUGGCCCACGUGCCCUGGCAUGAGGAAGUGGUACAGUUUGUCCGCGAGUUGGUGGAUCUGAUCCCCGACUAUGAAAUUGCAUGUGAACACGAACACUCUAAUUGCCUCCUGAUAGCACACAGAAAGAAAAGGCCAUGUGGGACAGAGCAAGAAGGCAGCUGCCUGCAAGACAGGAAGAGAGCCCUCACCAGAAACUGAGCCAGAACCUUGGAAUUCCAGCCUCCAGAACUGUGAGAAAAGAAUUUUCUGUUGUUUCAGUCCCCCAUACUAUGGCAUUUUGUUACGGCAGCCUGAGCUAAUACUCCCACUUUGUCCUGCAUUUACUUGGUCUUCAGCUAGUUUUUUUAGACUUUGGGAAUCAGAGCAGUCAGUUGUCAGAUUUUAGCUUACAGUUGUCCUACCUGUGCAACUGAAAUUUUUAAACCAGAGUAGAGUUUUAGAGUCAAAGGAAACCAGAUCUUCUAGUGCAGAAGUUUUCAAACUGCAUUAGAAGUGAGGAAGUUGGUUUUGUGAGUUGGAGCCAGCAGUUCUCUUAUGAAAUGCAUUGCCUGCCGUUUUGUGAAAGUUGUAUUCCCAGCUUGUGUGUGUUUAUUUGCGUGUACUAGAUUGAGAUAUAAAGUAUAUUUUUGACUGUAGGUAUGGUAAAAAAAAAAAAAAUUAAAUCCAUUGUAUCGCUCAAACUAAUCCUUUUCUCUCUCUUAGAACACCCAUGGCAAAUGAUCAUGUUAGAGUUUGAGGGUGAAGGAGCGUCAGGAUUAUGAACCAGAGGGGUCAGACUUCAGACCUAGAAAUCAAAACACCAAAGGGACACAAAUAGGGAAGAAGAGAGUAUGGUCAUCUCUGUCUUUCAGCAAGCAACACUGGGAUCCCCAAAAAGACUCCUCUAUGGGGCCAAGCUUGUGUGAUUUAUCACACCUGUCCCUGUACUCCCCAAGUGCCUUGUACAUAACCUCACUCACUAUACAUGCUAUGUUGUAUUAUAAUUAUUUUCUAAAUGUAUGUAACUGGGCCAAGUCCAUAGUUGGCCUGGUUGGCCCAUGUUGAUGGAUGGAUCAUCAUUUUUGGCCUCAUUUGACUGCCAUACAUGUUGAAUUACAUGUUAAUGUCAUGUCAGUCACCCCAGGCUCGGUCAAGGGUGAGUGUCAUGCCUCUGUCAUGAAUACACAGUGAAGCAGUCCCUUCUAGUCUAUGGAGCCAGUAGCAGCAAAAUCCCAUCAUGUCUCAAGAUGUCAGUAGAAUGGGUGGAAUUUUGAUUCUUUGUAUCGUCUUCUAGCUUUGUUAAGAGUGAGGAAGGGCCGGGUGCGGUGGCUCAUGCCUGUAAUCCCAGCACUUUGGGAGGCCGAGACGGGCGGAUCACGAGGUCAGGAGAUCGAGACCAUCCUGGCUAACAUGGUGAAAGCCCGUCUCUACUAAAAAUACAAAAAAAAAGUAGCCGGGUGUGGUGGUGGGCGCCUGUAGUUCCAGCUACUCAGGAGGCUGAGGCAGGAGAAUGGCAAGAACCCGGGAGGCGGAGCUUGCAGUGAGCUGAGAUUGCGCCACUGCACUCCAGCCUGGGCGACAGAGCGAGACUCUGUCUCAAAAAAAAAAAAAAAAGGGUGAGGAAGAAAGGCUGGGCCCUCACAUGUCCUGGGUGACGGCAUAUGUUGUUAAGUUCAUAUAUUCACAGAGCCAUCAGGCUUGGUGGGGUGGAAUGCAGGAGGAAACUGCAGGGGCCAUUAUAGUGUCUACGGAAGUUCAGGACAGUGAGGUCCUGUGGCCAGAAAACUGACAGAAACUGUCUAACACGGGAACUCUCUCACUGCAACCGAACUAACAGGAUUUAGGAAGACUUCCCAGAGCAAAGGAUGAAGGACAUGUGAGUUAGAGGGAAUAGCUUGGGUGUCAUGUGAGAGGACCACAGCUCACCAAGAGAUGCAGAUUUGAUACUCAGACUUUACAUUCAGGAUCGUAGGAAUCAAUUCUGCUGUCGGCACAGUCUCAGGCUGUCUGUGGGAAGUUGAGAGAAGCCACAGCUGGAAUCAGAAGGUCAAUCGGCUGGAAGACAGUGGCUGCGGCCCAGAGGAAGGGCCUGCGUGACCAAGUCACGCCACUGGCGGCAGAAGUGCUGCCCAGGGAGAAUCGAUGGAGGUGUGAGGGGCCAGGGAAAAGGUCACCUUUGACUCUGCAAUUUUGAGGCUCAGUGCCUGGGAAUGACAGUGAUUGCUUCCACAAUAGUAGACAACACUUCAGGGACAGUCUGUCUUGGGAGAGAAAAUGAUGAUGAGAUAUAAAUUUUACAUCUUGGGUUGUAGAGUUCACAGGGCCCUUGAGGCACCAUUUCCAAGAAUGGUCUUAUUACAAGAAAACUUCUUCUAAUUCAUAGAGUAAUUAAACUUUUCCACGUAUUCAGCAUUUUCCCCCUAGAAAGCUCUUAGCUAGUGGGUAAAAAAUCAGAUGUCAUUUAAAUUCAACAUAUUUUAAUAUUCUAAAUUCAGGAACCUAUGUAUUUUCUUUUUUUUUUUUUUUGUGGCUAGAACAGGAAAUUGUUCCUCAGUUAUUUAGUUAGUCGGAGUUUUCUUAUUUUUAUUUUUGAGACGGAGUUUCACUCUUGUCACUGAGGCUAGAGUGCAGUGGCACGGUCUUGGCUCACUGCAACCUCCACCUCCCAGGUUCAAGCGAUUCUCCUGCCUUAGCCUCCCAAGUAGCUGGGAUUACAUGCACACACCACCACGCCCAGCUAAUUUUUGUAUUUUUAGUAGAGAUGGGGUUUUACCAUGUUGGCCAGGCUAAUCUUGAACUCCUGACCUCAGGUGAUCCACCGGCCUUGGCCUUUGAAAGUGCUGGGAUGACAGGCAUGAGCCACCGUGCCCGGCCAUUAGUCGAAGUUUUUUAAAAGACAGUGGCAUGGGCUGGGCGUGGUGUCUCACGCCUCUAAUCCCAGCACUUUGGGAGGCCGAGGCCGGUGGAACACGAGGUUAGGAGAUCAAGACCAUCCUGGCUAACACGGUGAAACCUCGUCUCUACUAAAAAUACAAAAAAUUAGCCAGGUGUGCUGGUGGGAGCCAGUAGUCCUAGCUACUCGGGAGGCUGAGGCAGGAGAAUGGCAUGAACGCAGGAGGCAGAGCUUGCAGCGAGCCGAGAUCAGGCCACUACACUCCAGCCUGGGCUACAGAGUGAGACUCCGUCUCAAAAAAAAAAAAGACAGUGGCAUGACAAGUACUUGUCUAUUUAUGAGUCAGGUAUCAGCAUAUUAGUUAAUUUACACAAAUGAAUGCCAAACAAAUGCUUUGAAUUAAAAGCCUUCACAGUUCAACUAAUAUUUCCUUCUGAGCCUCUUCAACUUUCUUUCUGUUUUCUUCAUUCCAGGUCGUUAUUCCACUGUGACUUUUGAGAAGCAAUUUUCUUAAGAGAGUACAAAUUGGAUUAUCCCCUCUUACUGAAUUGAAAUUCUUCAGGCUUUCCACUAAUGAGAUAUUGUAUCCAUGUUAGGCCAGAAAAGCAAGUUUGAGUCAUUUAGUUAGCAUGUUUCAAUUAGAAGUUAUUGAUGAAACCUUCACUAAUAACUCAAGCCAAGUUGAGUCUAAAAAGGAUUCCAUGAGGUGCUGUUAACACAGCCUUGAAAAUUUGUAACCGAUCAAAAGUGGCAACAGCAGGAAUUAGAAUGAGUUUGAAUUAGUCACAUGGUAACACGGAAACAUUUAACCCUGGUCAGCGGGACUGCUUGAGAUAAACUUCACUGCAAAACUGCAGGCCCAAGGGAAAGGAAGCUCUCCUGUGAUAGGAAGUCAUGUCUGGAACAUGGAAGAGGUUUUUUGUGUUUGUUUUUGUUUUUGUUUUUUUGACGUGAUAGGGAGAAAAGAUCAGACUUGUUCAUGAUUUUUAAAAACAUUCAUUUUUUUUUUUUCUAGGGAUGUUUUUACUUCUGACUUGACACGUUUUUU